ACCUCGCGAGACAGCUAAACUAAACCGACGCGACCUGUCAGACAGUCAUUCCUCUGGAGAGGGUCCUCAGCCCGGCUCCUUGUUGGAGUUAGUUUUGUGGAUUUCUUCCAGCAUCGUAUCGGUGUUGUAUCUGCUAACCAGUCUGACGUUAGCGCGGUAGCUUCGAGGGACAGAGAGCAGCUAACGUGACGUCAACCUUUCCUCCUCCGGAGACGUUCAAGUACUCUCAGGGUCACUGCAAGUCAAAUAAUGAGCACACCAUCCUCAGGUCGGAAGACCCCGGUGGACUACGGUGUCCAGAUCCGCUUCAUCAAUGACCUCCACGACUCUGGUGGGGGGCAGCCAGGGCCCCAGCCCAGGACCAAGCCCCAGACCACCUCCAAGUAUGGCGUGGCGGUCAGGGUGCAGGGUAUUGCUGGCCAGCCAUAUGUCGUCCUGAAGGACGGAGAGAAGGGCGACUCUUAUGGGGUCCAGCUCAGGACCCAGUACCCCGCAGGUUACAGUAGCCUUCCCCGCAGAACAGAUAAGGCAGAGCCAGGAACACAGGGGGCAGAUGUAGAAGGAGGAGGAGCAGGGCAGGGUGGGGCACUACGCAGGGCCCAGUCCCAUGGGUCACUGCUGGACAGGGAUGGAGAGGGAGGGGAAGACGAUGAGGAUUUUCAGCUGUCUAGGCCACCAGGGGAUGGGAAGUCUGGAAGUUAUGGGAAUCUGGAUGCAGGACUUGGAGUAAGGGGAGAGAGAGAGCAGGUUCAGCGUGCCGGUAGUAGAGAGAGGGGCGUGGGAAGGAAAAUGUGGGAUGGUUCGUACAAAGCAGGGCUCAAUGGGUCACUGGGGUCGGUUAAAAACAGUCAGUCCAACCCUGACCCUCCUCAACAAACAAAUCCUAGAAAAACUCCUGUCAACAGACUAAUAAACAGGUUUGAUGGCGGUGACACUGGAGGCCAACAAAGAGGACUCAAUGCUGAACAACAAGAUCCCAGAGCUACAUCUCCUCUCGUCACACCCAACCCCUACACCUCACCUCCGUCCUCCACUCACAGCAGCCUGGGACGCAGCCCCGGACACUCUGCUAAUCAGUGGACAUCACCAGGGACAUAUGCCGCUGCGCAGACCCCACAUGCCACACUGACUGAGCCACAAGUGACUCCUGACCUUUUGCUGGACCAGGGUCAGAGUGCAGAGACGACCAGUGAUGAGGAGCAGGUCAUGCAGACUAUAUACAACAUUCUGAGACAAGGGACCAAUGAGAGUGAUGUUAUCAUUAAGCACAAAGUCAAGGUCAUCUUUAAGAAGAUUCAGAAUCUCAGGCCCAAAGAAAGACCUCAGGAAGAGUGGAUGAGAGAAAAGAGAGAGCUUGAAAGAAAGAUGGCUGAACUACAAACUGCCCUGCAAGUGGAAAGAAGGAACUCUGUCAGCAAUUCUGAUCCUGCUCUGAAAGCUGAGCUGGAGUCCUGUCUGGAUGAAAAUCUGCAGCUCCGGGAGAUGCUGGACCGGAAGAAAAAAGAAUUAAAUGAAACACAAUCGGAUCUGACUCAGCUGCGUAUGGACAGGGAGAACGCAGAGGCACGGGUCAGAGAAAUGGAGGACCAGCUGGCUGAGUUUCAGGAUGAACUGAGAAGGGAGAAUGGCAACAAGACGGACCUGAUGUCUUGCCAGGCACAGUUGAUGGAUGUGUGCCAGCUGAGACAGAAGCUGGAGGAGACGCUAAGGCAGAGAGAGAGGGAGCUAACCGCUCUCAAAGGAGCUCUGAAGGAAGAGGUGGCCACACAUGACAAAGAGAUCGAGGCGCUCCGAGAGCAGUACAGCGUCGACAUGGAGAAGCUCCGCAGCAGCAUGGAGCAGGUGUCACAGUCUCACGCAGGGAUCGAGGCAGAGCGGUUGCGUGUGAAUGCGUCGAUUCGCUCCCUUCAGCAGCAGUUGGAAGACUGUCGAGACGAGAGCAGCCACUGGAUGGAGCAGUUUCACACCGCCAGAGACGAACUUCGAACCAGCAAACAAGAACUCCUGCAAGCCCGACUGGAAAAAGAGGAGUUUGAGGAGGAACUACACGAGCUCCAGGAGAAAGUGGGCACCAUGAAACGACAGAUACCGGACCCCGACCGCACACAGACCCUCAACCAGGAACUUCAGCGAUACAGCACUGAUCUUCAAAAGGCCAAGUCUGAGGCGGAGAAGCAGAGGAUGGAGUUUGACAAGAAGGUCAUGGAGGUCAUCUACAUAAAGAAAUCUCACCAGAACCAGGAGGCAGAACUGAAGUAUGAGAUUGACAGGCUAAAGGACCAAUUACAGAAGGCCAGAGAGGAUAUUGCCAAGACACUGGACAAAAACAAACGGCUCCCAGACCCAGCCAUCAUCUCAGAGCUGGAGCAGAAGCUUGGUGAGACACGUGGUGAAGUGAGCCAGCUCAAAGAGAAACUCUCAUUGGCUGAGGAGGAUGUGGUGGCCAGUAAAACACUUCUCAAUAAAGCUCAGAUGGACGUUAAAUCCCUCCAAGAUGCCCAGCAGGAACAGGAGGCGGCCAACGUGCGUCUUAGAGAAAAACUCUCACGGUUGGAGGCUCAGCUACAGGCCAACUCAACGGAGAGCUCGGAGGCAGAGAUCGCCCUCCACACUGAGGUGAGAGGGUUGAGAUUGGAGCUAGAUGAGGCCAAGAGAAAAGCUUCGAGACUGAGUCAGGAGCACCGGGAACUUCUCCUGCGUGUGGAGGAUACGGAGAAAGAGAAGGAGACACUCAAACAGACCUUCAACCAGGUGGAGGAGACCAAACAACGGCAGGAAAGAGCGCUGGAGAAACUCAACAAAGAGUAUGAGUCUCUGACCGUGUCCUCGAGAGGAGAGGUGCAGACUCUCAGGGUUCAGCUGGAGGAGCAGAGAGAGAAGGCACGCAAGGAAAUGCAGGAGUCCCAAUGGCACGGAAACGACGCCCAGAGUGAACUGGAAAGAAGUCAUAUAAAUCUCAAGAGACUGGAGGAAGAGAUGUCACGACAGAAGAAGGAGCUUCUGCUCGUAUGUGAGGAGAGAGACAACCACCAGCUGGAUAAAGAGCUUCUGGCCAACAGGCUGCGCCACCUUGAGGGAGAGAUGGAGGCCAUCAAAAACGGCCAGAAUGAGAAAACCCGGGAGAUUCGCAUCCUAGAGGACAAGCUGAAGCGUAUGCAGUUGGAGCUGGAGGAGGAGAAAAGCAGCGUGGAGAUGUUGACAGACCGAGUGGCCAGGAGCAGAGACCAGAUUGAUCAGCUCCGCUCUGAGCUCAUGCAGGAGAGAUCCUCCAAACAGGAUCUGGAGCUGGACAAGAACACCAUGGAGAGACAUCUGAAGGAGCUGAGGGGUCGUGUGGCCGACAUGGAGGGCCAAUCUCGCUCCUCAGCAGGACUCUCCCAGCUGGAGAACAAGAUCCAGGAGCUGGAAGAACGCCUGAUGAGUGAGGAAAGAGAGAAGAACUCAGUGUUGGCAUCUCAACGACGUCUGGAGAGGAAACUAAAAGAUCUCAACAUGAUUUUGGAUGAGGAGAAACAAACACACACCGAACAGAGGGACCAGCUCACACUGAGAGUGAAAGCUCUCAAGAGGCAGGUGGACGAAGGAGAGACGGAGCUGGAAAGGAUAGAUGGACUGAGGAGAAAGUCCCAGAGAGACAUGGAGGAACAGAUGGAGCUCAAAGAGGCCUUGCAGACCAGAGUCACAGCUCUGGAAAUUGAGCUCAAGAGAAAAGCCCAGGCAGCAAUGCGGCCAGCUUUGGAUUCAUCAGCUCUCAGUUCAGAUGAUGACGACAGCCUCUAUGAUCCCUCCUCCAUCACCUCCAUCCUCACUGAGAGCAACCUCCAGACCAGCUCCUGUUAAAACGGCACUUCAGGGGCAGGAUGAGAGUGGGAAAACAUAGCACUGUUAAGGAAAGAAAUGGAGGGGUGUGGGGGUUGCUUUUUAGACUGGGUGUAAAGCCAAAAGGCAGAAUGGUAUACACUGCAGGCAAAGAGGGAGGGGUGCACGGAUCUGGGAUUUAAAUGACAGAUUGUAGAGCUUAGCAGGGGAAUCCUUUUCCACACCAGAGUGAAUGGAAGGAAACAAAACAGCCUCUGCAUUUCAGGGUACUUCCUUCAGUCUACAAUGUACUCUGAUGCACUCCAUGGUCCAGCUGAAAGACCUCCAACAUACAACAACUCACUACAGUACUGCAAGGAGAGAAAUGAGGCGAGAAGCACAGGAACAAACAUAUAAAUAGAAAAUACCUCUUGCAUUUUUUGAUACAAAUUCAGUGUGUCAAAGCUUUUUCAGGGUUGAGAUUCUGGGUCGAGCACUUAAGGUACCAAGUCUGGCUUUGACUGAACAAUCAAAAAUACUCUGUGUUGGCAGUUUACUUGUAACUUCAGUUUUCUCUGUCACAUCAAAUGACUGAAUGACAAAUUCUCAUGCACACAUAGCAGGUAGAGCUACUGAAACAUGGACCAAGCGGUAACAUUGUGUGCAUUCAUGAUUAUAAGCAAUUAUACACUAUGAUUCUCAUGCUGGUUUUUGAUUAAAUUUAAGUAUUGCAAAUGAUUCAUAUUGAAUGAAAUCUAGAGUUUGUUUCCGUAAAAAAAUAAAAUAUAUUUUCACAUGUUUUUUAGGAAUAAGUCACUUUUAUUUGUCACUUCAAGCGCAAUAUGAAUUAAUGUGAUAGUAACCUCCUGUUGGUGUGAAGGUUUCUAUUAAGUUGUGUCUUUCUUCACUGUAUCUGAAACGUUUCCUGGUAAAAGUGAAACAGACCUUGUUUUGUACUCUUGAGGACAGAAGUGUCCUUUGUCAGAAUAUCUCAUAAUUUACAAGUGUUUUUUUCACUGUUACAAUCAUGGCCAAAAUAUAAUCCUGUCCAAUAAUAUCUUUGUGUGUAUUUGUAGAAGCUGCACAAUUUCUAUGCAUUCCUGGCUAUAAGCAAGUCACUGAAAUAUAUGCCUUAAAAUAAUUCAGUAAUUCUUAUCUGAAUGUUUUUUUGUAAAAUGUAACAUUAUCUAUUUAACAUUAUAGAUUGUUGUUGGUCUUGAGUUUUGAAUACAGUUUAAACAAUCACUUGGAGCACUAAUAACUGUAUUACAUUUAGCUGAAAUGUAAUGUCUCUUCCUAUUUUUUUUUCAGUGAAACUGGAAACGGUACUUCAUAUAAUUUGUGAGCUGAGAAUAUAAACAUGUUGAAUUUGAAAAUGCUGGCAUGUACAAUAAUGUGACUGGACUUCACAAAAUAGAUAAUGUUUCUAUUGCACAUGAAUUUAGCUACAAUAAAAUGUAAAUGAUUUAAGUUA